AUGAAGUUGAAAGCUAUCGAAAAUUCAAUCGUCAGCAAUUUCAAAGAUGGCACCGUUACCGUGAUCGUUGGGACAGGCGUUGAGAGAGAAUCUUACAACAUUCACCGGAGCCUACUUCGCUCGUCGUCUCCCGUUUUUGAGGCGAUGAUAAAUGGCCCUUUUAGAGAGGGCAAGCAAAAUGUGAUCAGACUUCCCGAUGAUUCUUCAAACGCCUUCGCAGUCUUUGCUCACUGGCUGUACAGUGGAGAGUUGCCGGAGGAAAGUGAAGAUGACUCGGGAGCGUCGCUUCUACAGGUUCAUCUUGAAGCGUUCGUCUUUGGCGAUAAGUACGGUCUCCUGACCUUCAAGCAAAUGAACUACAAAAGAGUCCUGGUUGUGCUCAAGGGCUAUUUUUGGCCUCCUGUCGAAUUCAUUGAGCUGCUCUACUCCUACUAUGGUGUUACUUCCAAAAUCCAAAACUAUUUCUUCGACCAUUUCACCUAUGUCGUUUCAAAUUCUCGUGCACUUCCAACAGACGUUGAAUGGUUCAAAGAGGUCGGUGGAUGCGUCCCUGAGUUCGCCUUGGCUGUGGCGACAGCCAUGGUUGAGAGACGCAUGAUGCACCGUCCUUCUCCAGAGGAUAAUUCGGGCUAUGAAUUUUGUGACCCCCCAAAGCGAUAUAUAAAGGCAGGAGGCAGAAAGAGAGCUGCUCCGGUGUCUGAGGUGAAAGCAAAGUCGGUGAAACGAGCUCGCAAGAACACCUCAUCUGAGAUCGAUUGGGACUAG